AUGCAGGAACAUCGCAGAGCUAAUCUGAAAAGAAAUAUUGAGUAUAAACUAGGAAACAGAAUCAUUUUUGCUGAGCUUAAUACAAGAGGAAGAAUUAUCCAAUGUCCAAAUUGUCACGUUCCAUUCAGACCUCAUCUCGGAAAUUGGAGGGCAGAGAAGUUUCCAUGUGAAAGAUGCAAAGCUCACUUAUGCUUUAGAAACGGCCCAGCAAGAAGAGCGAGAUGUCUAUCUUCUAAUAUCUCGCGUCCUGUGCCAAACAAUCUUGUGAUGCUUGUAUGUGGCGGGUGUGAAGCAAAAGUGAUUCAUCAAAGGCAUGAUAAAACUGUGAAAUGUUCUGACUGCAAACACAUCAGUGUCACACCUCUUGGAAGAGUUUAUGGGGUUCGUCCACCUACCCAAGAACCUCCACCAGCUAACCGGUUUCUUCGUCCUCAAGUUAACCUGAUUGAUUCUUCUGAAGUUAACCAAGUUGGAAGAGCUUAUGGUGUUCCUCCAGCUAACCAAGAUCCUCUGCAUGUUAACGGGGUUGUUCGUCCUCAAGUUAACGUGAUUGUUCCUCCUCGAGCUAAUCAAGAUUCUCGGCAAUCUUACUGGAUUGAACCUGUUGAAGUUAACAAGGAUCAACCUCGUCUUUACCGGCUUGUUCCUAGUCAACUUAACCACGGCCCUCCACAAGCUAACUGGCUUGUUCCUCCUCAAGUUAACCGGGUUGUUCCUCCUCAAGUUAACCAAGAUCCUCAGCAGGUUUACCAGGUUGGUGCUCAGCAGGUUAACCGGGUUGUUCCUCCUAGAGUUUACCGCCGAAGGAAUCGUGUAGCAAAUGCUGAAACUGAAUCAACUGCGAGUUCUUCUUUCACUCCAAGGCCUGAGAUCACUGUCAUUGAAUACCCUGAUAAUGCUGUUGCUGAAGCUGUGAGGAAUGUUGCUGGAAGCAAGAGAGUAGUAAAAGAAGAAGACAAGACAGAAGCAGCAGGAAGCAAGAAGCCUCGUCUCUGAUCGAUCUAGUGCAAGAAUUUGCAUAUUUUUCUAUUUGUUAUCCACAUUUUAGUUUCUUAUUUUUUUUGUCAAAACACAUUAUUGUUUCUUUUAUUUCCUUUCUACAGUCGAUCAAACUCUCUUGUGGAGAUGUUUUGGUUUCUUUCCUGCUUUGAAAUUUUUAUUUGUGUCAUGUUUUGAA